AUGUACUGGUUACCGGAAGUUCACAAGAACCAGUUAAGCGAAGGUAACACCCUACAACAUGAACAUGAACUGAUCACUGACACUGAGACUGCAUUGCGUAUGAAAGACAGUUUUAGAAGACGAAUGUCACCUUCGUCAGAAGCAGAUUUUUACUGCCAGGCUGGCUUUGACCAAAAAGGUUUUGAGAUCAAAUUUAUAUCAAACUAUAAAAACUCCAAAUGGCUAGCUCAGAUGUGGAAGUGGAAUCGGACCCUUUUAGUUGGGAAUUCAAUGGAAAUUCAUUUGACAGUGAAGAUGAUGAUGAGAUUAAUUCAGCUUGUUGUGAUCCUCCUGGACAUCCAAGUGUUUUCGACAUUGAUGAAGAUUUUGUCAAUCUCUCUCUUGGACCAAACCAAGAAAUGAUGGUUUUAAGAAGAUUAUAGGAUAUGUCAUAGAAUACGAAGACCCCACCACUGGAGGCAGGCUAAUGACUACCCAGUAGAUGAGUGUGUUUAUGAGGUGAAGGGAUUAAAAAAGGACAAGGAAUACAACUUCCACAUACAGGCCAAGAAUCUUGAAGGUUUUUAAAUCAGUGAGUCUAGUGAUGUGAUUGGUCC